AUGCUCAUGGUGAUCCCUUGCGUGCUCUGUACAACGCCGGCGACCUCAACCCGAGCCUCACCUCAAACCUCACCACCAAAAAAAGCCUAUACAAGUCGUAAUACGAUAUACUUUUCAGCCUUAAAUACGAUUCGAUACGACUCAGAGACUCACUACGACUCUAGAAUGCACGUGACCGCAACGUAUCAUAUCCUACGAACCGUAGCCCUUCCUGUUGGUCACGCUGCAUGGCUCUCACGCAUGGCCCACACGAUAGUUGCAUGCGUCCUCACAAUGGCCCUCCUCAUGCUUUUGGUGCUCCUCCUAGCUUCCGUGUUCAUUGGGGCUUGCCCUUUCUAUUGA